AUGUUGUUUUCUGACGAUGAUCCUCCAGUGCUCGAUGUCCGACAACAGGCCGGUCCUCCACGACCGGAAUCUCAGCACGAUCCCUUGUCGAAUCCGGUGCUGGAGCCGACGCAAGAAGUGGACCUGGACACUCCAACCCCAACACCUGUGAAUCCGAUGGUACAGUCGACUCGGCCAGCGAUUGGAAGCCAAAAACAAUAUGGGGAAAGGUAUGGACAACAACGGCAGGAUUCUGAUUUGGGACAGAAUGACUACAGAACGGUAAGUGUUUAACCUUGAUUUUUUGAUUUUUAGGUAUUAAGUGUGGAGAUAUUGAAGUAUUUUGAAAGUAUCGAAGUAUUGAGACUAGGAUUGGAAUGUUUUAAAAUUUUUUAGGCUGUAUAGCUACUUUCUGGACUUUUUGCUUUCAAAUUUAAAACAUAAGGUAAUAUUUUACGGAAAAUUUCAGCACAGAACAGAAGAUGUUUCAUUCGAUUCGGAAGCUUGUAAUGCUACGCAAGUUGACAUCUCUGACGCUUUGUCUGAACGUGAUAAGGUAAAGUACACGGUUCAUACGAAAACAAAUUUGCCGGACUUUGCCAAAAGCGAAAUGUCUGUUGUUCGUGAGCAUGAAGAGUUUGUUUGGCUUCAUACCUGUUUAGAAGAUGCUGAAGAGUACGCUGGGUUUAUUGUAAGUUUAAUUUGGGUAUUGUGCGAUGAAAAAAAAGUUUUUCAUUAAUUUUUUUUCAUUUAUGACCAGAUUACUAUUAUAUACAAUUUUAUGUGCGUUUUAUUGAAUGUACACUAGAUAAAAUUCUUGGUUUUAGUAUCAUAUCCUUGAUUAUAGUAUCAAGGUUUUAAAUUUUAGCUUUUGACUUUGUAAUUUUUGUUUCGAGUAAAAGUUGGCAUUGUAGAUUCCACCUGCACCUCCACGACCAGAUUUUGAUGCUUCUAGAGAAAAACUUCAAAAAUUAGGCGAAGGAGAAGCUACCAUGACUAAAGAAGAGUUUCAAAAGAUGAAACAAGAGCUGGAACAGUAGGUUUACUUCAUUUUUUGAUUUGGUUUUAGAUAUUUUGGCUAUUUGAUGUUUGGGAUGUUAUUUUAGUAGCUUUUUUAUAAAAUUUUUGGUUUUUCUAGUUUUCAUACGUAUUUUCCGGAUUUGCUAUUGGUAUUCGGUACUAAGAUGACUUAUUUAAAGUAAAAAAUAUUUUAUUUAGAAAAUUUUAUAAAUUUCGAUUUCAGAGAAUACCUGGCAUCGUUCAAGAAGACCGUGGCUAUGCAUGAAGUAUUUUUGUGCAGAUUAGCGGCUCAUCCGAUUUUUUCUCGAGAUCCAAACUUUCGAGUCUUUUUGGAGUACGAGAACGAGUUGUCAGUACGUGGGCGGAACAAAAAAGAAACGGUCACCAACUUGUUCAAGAAGUUUACUCAAUCUGCUGAUGAAGUUCUACUUUCUGGUCAGGUAAGUGCUGUUUUUUUGUUAUUGGAGGACGUUUUACACUGAAUUUCGUAAUAACUUUUAUUUGGAAGCGAUUUCGUACUAAAAUUUACUGUAGUAACGUUAGGUUUAUCUAAAAUGAGUGAGUCGGAUGUUAUAGUAGGUGAAAUUUUAAUUUUUUACGUUUUUAUACGUAAAAAUUGGCGAGAUUUGGCUAUAUAAAGCUUUAGGGAUAGUAAAAUAAUAUGUUGAUUUGGUUUUUUGGUUGUAAUUGUAAGAAACGUUACGCUGUGUCUCGAACCACUCAAAUUAGCCGACGUAAAUAACCCAGUUUGUGAUGAAUUGGUGGUAAUAAUAUUGAUGUUUUUUUGAUAAAAACGAAAAAUUGUUGAGAUUAUUAGUGAGUAAAGUGCGAAACGUGAUUUUAAUAUUGAACAUCAUGUCAUUUAAAGUCUGUUGGGAUGGUGAAUGUGAUUAUAUGUUUAGUUUACUGCAGUACCAAGCGCGAUUACGUUUUACUGGAAGGGUAGAUAGUUUCGGGAAGAGUAGAUCUUUAAAGGGGGUUCAUUUUUUUGGCCUAGCCUUUGGGCUUAAAUUUGUCGGUCGGGUUAGGGCCGGGCUGAGUGGGCUUCCUUUCAGGUCUAGGCAGGGGAUAGGGUACUCUUUCCUAAAAUGAUUUUUUUUGAUGUUACUUAUAAUGUGAUAAAAUUUGCAAUUUGUAGUGGUAUUCGAACGUGAUAUCAUGUUUAGUUGACCUUGAAGAUGGGAACACGAAUUUUGAAUUGAUUAAUAUUUGGAAUGUGUGCAUAUUUUAUUAUGUUUUACGGGUUUAAUUAAUUUUUUAUUGUUUCGAUCUUAUGUUUUUAACACUGUGGUUUGGAUUUUUUAAAAGGGUUGUCUAUGCAUGCUUUUUUAGAAAUUUUGUGAAAUUUUCAAAAGUCAAAGCAUCGUUCUAGAUCCUUUAAUAAUAAUUCUGCGCUUUCUAACGUCGAAAAUUUGCUUUGAAAAAAGGCACAGGAUUACUUGUACAACAAACCGUAUCAAUACUUACCACAAUAUGACUUGAGACAAAGAUAUUCUUAAAGAAACAGUGGCUUGCUAUAUGUCUGUCAAAUACUACAAAAUGACCUUUUACAAUCAACAAGAAUCAAAAACAAUACAUUAUUCUAAAUAAAAUAUUAUAGAAUACCCAAGAAAGAACAGUACAUCCUUUUACAGUAUAAACAAGCGCAAUACAAUGCGUAAUUGUGACACUAUACUCAAUUUACGGUACAGACUACACGCCGCAGACACAAAACGAAAAAGUCGGGUUGUGGACUCUGAAAAUGUAUGAAUAAGAAGAAAACGUAUCAUAAGCUUCUUAACAGCUUCAGACGAAAAACCUUUGCUCGCAAGGUUUCUUAUGAACAUUUGACGCAAAAAAAGCGUUUUACACGCGGGAUUAAUUUAUUCUUGGUGCUUUGGGGGCGGAAAUAAGGAAAUGUGCUGCAGAAAAGCCUCGAGCUCUGAUUCUCAACUUGCGGGGUGGGGAUUACCGUAAUAAGUUUGGCUAUGUUAAGGAAGGAAACUAGGUGUUGGGUUAGGCGAAGUUUUUUGGAGUGAUGAGGGUGGAGAGGAAGAAGUUUAAAAUUUUUUAUUUUGUUCACUUGGUAGCGGCUUUCUUCAUCUAAUUUUAAAUUUUUUAAGGUUGAAAGUGUCAGCUUCUUUAAAUAUGGAUGAUCAAAAAAUUGUUUGUAAAGAUACGAUGCAUUUCAAGAUACGAUACGGUUAUUGAAAAUCAAAAUUAAAAAAAAGUUGCUCGCUUUGAAAAAGUUCAUCUAUAUUUGGAAAAUUUAAUGCCUCUACCUACUCUUCUACCUUAUACCUCUCUUAUUCCAUAUCUUUUCUAUGCGUGAUAAUGUAAAUUCCUUAAAAUUUUGUAACAUUUUCUAAAUUUUAUGCACUUUCCCUAUAACAAAACCGCUUUAAUUAAUGUGUUUUUUGUAUGGCCUUUUGAAAUUGAUCUCUGAUAGAUUCGUUUCGAAAAAAGUCAGACGUCUAAUGUUAUGGGAACGGGGGAAACGGUUUCAGAAUCAAAAGACAUGUUUUGCAGAUUUUGGCGGUUUUUUAAAAAAAAACAGUGAAACACUUAAUAUGUGGGGCUUUUAUAAAAGGGGGGUGGGGUGGUUUUAAAAAAUAUUGCUUUAUAUGGUGAAGACUUUUCUUUCUAGAAAAAAAUUUUAAAGGAAUUACAGAUUUGUAAAAAUGUUAUGAUUUGUAACAGAAGUUUUUUCGAAAGCAGAAGCGAACUUCAUAGGUAACGGCAAACAGAAUAGUAACAUUGUUUGAGUUAUGGAACUUUGAAUGCGCUUACCAGAUUAUUGAUCGCUGCACUCUAUUGUCAUCUUUGAACUUGGGCAAAAGAGAGACAGUUUGUUGAUAGGAUUGGUGUAUUGAAGCGGUAUUUUCAAAUUAUUUCGCAGGAACUUGUAGUUUUUAUUACGCUACUGGUGUCAUUUUUAUGUGAAUUGUUCUUUGUGAUGUUACUUGUGAAGAGAAAGUCGUAGUGGCUCUAUAAGGGCUUGGUAGAUAUUGUAUGUUUACUAUAUGUGGUGAGGUACUGAAUGGCUUGGACUUUAUGGUAGGGCGAAGAGCAUCUAGUUGUUCAGUAAGUGUAGGUAGUAAAGUUUUGUCUGUAAAAUAUUGUUUGUUUGGUUUGAGAUGAUAAACAGGGUAGGCUUAAAUUUAAGGCUCAGUCUAGGCCUGCGGCUUAAAUUUUCUUUGGCUCGGCUUUUUGGGGCUUAUUCGAUAUGUUUGGGUCAGGCUUAUCAUUGAGGUUAUGUUUGUUUCUUUUUUACAGGUGUGCCCUAAUUGUAGGCCCAGGUUUGCGUGGCCAACUUUACUAAAAUAAAGUUGGUAAAAUACGUUUUGUUUUUUAUAUUUAUUAACAUUAAAAUUUUGAAAAAGUUUAAAUUUUUCAAAACCAUAUAAUUCCGCUAAUCAAUGUCAUUGCACGUAAAGUCCAUCUUUUGUCAAAAAGCAUCAUACUUCUUUGUUCUUUGUAAUGUUGAAAAAAUUGACAAAAAACUUGUCAAAUUUCCGGAAUGGAAGGAAGUUUAAAAGACGUGAAGGUAUAAAUAAAUUGUUAUGAACUUGAAUCAUUUCUUUUUCUAAAUUAUGGCAGUUUUUUUAAACUAUAGCAAUUUUGUUGAGUUAUAGAUGGUUUAGAAAAGGCGGUAAUUAAUUAACCUUGAACAGAUAAGCAUUUUUAAUUAAUUGAGGUUUUUGAAAAAGAUUAAAUUCAAUUUCUUACUUAAAUUAAUGUAUCCGGAAAAUUUUUGACCUUUAUUUUAAGGUUUUUUAGAUUGUAAUUUUUUAUUUUAAGAAUGUUUCACAUAUGAUAUUGUUUCAAAAAAUUACUUUAUAGUUGAGCGGUUUUUAAUUGUUUUCAUGACGUCAACGGACCGUUAGAAAAGAUCUUUGUACUGUAAAGUGACAGAUUAAGGUUUAAUUGUGAGCUAGUUUGUAAAAAUUAUAAAUGGCAUAGAGAGCAGAAUGUAUCAAUGGCAGAGGGAGAGGAUAACUUCCAGAUAUAAUGGUGCUUGGGCUGAAAUUUUGCUUUGACAUGUCAAGUCUGAUAUUUCUUCUAAAUGUUCUUACGGCUAAAUUUAAAAAUGAUGUGAUGCCUAACUUUUGUACUGACUGUUUGCUUUGUAAUCAUGUUUCAUAUGUUCAAAAAGUUAAAAUGUAAGAAACCGUGUACUCUAACGUUAUGGAGAUUGAAUAAACUGCUUCAACAAAGAACAAACAUUCAAUUCAAAGAAAUCGAAACUUUUAAAGGCAUGAUUUCAAAUGAAGGUAAAUAACCUCGUCUCGAUCUAACAAAGGAACUGAUAUCAACUCUCUUCAAUCGAAGUUCUCUUUCAUUUUCUGUGACAACAGUCUGACGCAGUAAGACGAAUAGCUCUAUUUUUGGAAUAACUUUCCACAUUUAUUCGUUAAAAUUUUUGUAUGAAUUAGGCGCAAGUUCAGACGGAAAUGAUCUGUAUACGUAACUAUUCAUUAAACCUAUAAAGGCACUUGAUGUUAGUGUCAAGAAGACAUUGAACUCUGUUUGGAAAAGGGCAUGGCUUUGUUAAUUGAAUGAAUUUAAAAAGUUGUAUAAAAGUAAGGCGGGUUUACUUUUAUACAGUACUCUCUCUAUAUAAGCAAUCCGGAGGGAUCGACAUUUCGGAUUUAGUUUAGGGGUAUUGUCUUUACAGAGUGAUUUUUUAGUGCAUAUUGACUUGGUGGGGCCGAAUUUCUUGUUUUCUGUUAGUAGAGUUGCUUAUACAGAUAAUUCACUAUAGAUAGAGACUACCGUACAACUUUUUCUUACUGUGCAGUAUGCGUUGCAGUAUUCUUUACAGUAAAAACUUUGUUAUAAGGAAUGAGUAUAUAAGUUUAUAGUAUUAGCUUUGGUAUGAUUUGAAGAAGGGGUUUCUUGUUGUAGAUGUAUGUUAAUUAGCAUAUGACUAUCAGAAUAAAAUCAAAAAUACGUGUGAUGGUUUGCUAUGAUUAACAGACACAUGAUUGAAUUUUUGCAUUAUUCUGUCUGUUUGUUGAAAUGUAUAUUGAUCUUUACACCUUGUGAUUGAUAAUGAAAGAAUUUAGUGCCGGAUUUUGAAUAUGAAAGCAUCUGAUUUGCAUACAAAUAAAGUGUUAAAAGUUGUAUAUAACGCCUAGACAUGUAGUGUUUUUGAAACGGAUUCAUAAUUAAGGCGGUCUCAGAACAUUUUUGAGAUAUAUCACAUAUCUGGGGGUUAGGUACACCUUUUGGCACUCUGCUUAUUUAAUCUACAUUUGAAAUAGGAUAUUUAAAAAAAAUUUUGGUGGGAUGAUGUUAUUGCGUAAAAUUUUGAAGUUUCAUUUUACUAUGGCGUUGUGCUUAAUUUACAGGAAUAAAUAGCUUAUUUUCAGCGAGAUGUGGACGAAUUUUUCGACCGAGAACGCAACUAUUUGUUGGAGUAUCAUACACAUAUCCGAGAAGCUACGCACAAGGCCGACAAGUCUUGCAAGCUGAGAAAAAGUAAGGUUUUUGAUUGGAAUUUUGAUUUUUUGGCUUUUUGCUAUGAAUGAUAUUGUAGAUUGUGUAAUUCUUUAUAUUUUAUGGUAUAUUAUAUAUGUGAUCUUACUAUUAGGUUGUUUAAUAAAUUCUAUGCUUUCUUACAAAGCAAGUUUUUCUUAUUAGAUGCCACAUAAUUAUUUGAACAACCAAAUAUAUAAGCUUUAAUAUUUCAACGUUUUAUUAUGAACUCACUGUUUAGAGUAUUUAUUUAAAAAUGACAUUUUCAGAUGUAGCCGAUUCAUACGCGAAAAUGGCGAAUCAAUUGGACAAAUAUGGCAGUCUGGAAGCAGCGAACGGUGAUAAAGAGUUUGGACAGUUCCUGAGUAGAAUUACGGAUAUGUUGGAGAGAAUGAAGAAGCUGGAGGCAAGAGUAGGUACAGAUGAAGAACUGAAGCUGGCUGAUACUUUGAGGUACUUUAUGAGAGAGUCACAGGCUGGAAAGGUAAGAUUUUUUUCUCAACUUAUGGUACUGUUUUGAUAAAAAAUUUUGUUUUAUGGUUUUAACAUUUGCUUGGCAAUGGAAGGUUAGAAGUAAUUUGUGAUUUUUUAUGCUUGCAAUAGUAGUGUUGUAGUGCUUUCUAAAAAAUUUUGUUGUAGAAAGCUAAUUUUCUCAAUUCCAGGACCUACUGUACAGAAGACUACGGUGCUUGGCCAACUACGAAGCCGCGAAUAAGAACCUAGAGAGAGCUAGAGGCAAGAACAAGGACAUUGUCAAAGCUGAAGCUGAACAACGUGAAGCCAACACCAAAUUCGAUGGAAUUACAGCUCAAGCCAAGAAAGAACUGGUCGAUUUGAAAAAGAGAAGAGUUGAGGCUUUCAAGAAGAAUUUGAAUGAUCUGGCUGAAUUGGAAGUCAAGCAUUCGAAAGUAAGGGUUAUGGUUGAUUUGAAAGAUUAAAAUUUUGUAAAGAUUGACAUUCCUAACGUUUUGUUAUCUAAAAUUAUGCUUUUUAAGGUUGGAAAGGUUUAAAAUUAAAAAAAUUUUUUUUAAAUACACGAUGACAAAUUUUAUAACUUUGAACUUUUUACUGUAAAGUUUUAUAAAAAAUGGCGUAAAAUUGAGAGCUGAAACGAACUCUUUAUGAACGAACUUGUGACACGAAAAAUGACGGUUUAAUUCCGAGCUGUGAUCGCACGUGAACACGACAAAACAUAACGUUUUUAGAGAGUUGUUAUUAUUUUUUCAUUUUGAUAAUUUAAAAUUGGAUUUUUAUUGAAUUUUUGAAAUUUUAAUGUAUUUUUGAUAAGGGGAAGUUUUGAUUAUAUUAUAUUUUUGAUAUUGUAAAUAGUAAGAUUUUCUUUCUGAAUUUUGUCAGUUUAGUCAAGUCGAUUUUAAAGGUAAUUUUGAAUGAUUUUUGAAAAUCCACAUUAAUUUUUGAAAUUUUUGUUACACAAAAAAUAGUUAUUAAAAAAGUAGUAGCAAACCGAAAAGCGUCGCUUUCGCGGCUACUGAAUGAUAUGCAAAGCGGAUUCGAAAUCAAAAUUUAGCGAUCAUGGGAUUCGAUAAGAGUUGAUAAACUGAGAGUUCGGGGCUGCUUUUAUCAAAAUUUUGUAUAAUUUUCAAAAAUUCUGCUUGAUUUUCGAUAAAAACAUGGAAUGUUUGUGUUGGGAAACUGGGUUCGGUGGUUUGAAAAGGGUCAUUUCAGGUGGGUAUGGGCUAGAUUUUGAGGUUUUUGGAGUAGCUAUGGGUUAAAGUUAAUAAGAAGGGUAGAAAAGGGCAUUUUUAGGUGGUAUGGGCUAGUUUUUUUGAGGUUUUGGGGGUAGUUAUGGGUGAAGACUAAUAUGCGAGGUAUGAAAAGGCGAAAAAAUUAAUGGAAAACAGGCUCUUUUUGAUUAAAAUUAAUUUUUUUCUAAAUUUAAAAUUUUUGAAAUCUUUGAUUUCGUAUUUUACAAAUGAAGAUAUUUGUAAAAUAAAAAAAUAUGAUGUUUUGUGAGCCCUAAAAACAUGAAAAACAUCUAAAUUGAUGUUGUUUUAUUUCAGAACAAACUGUCACUUCUUCAAUCGAUGCUUUCCGCUCUAAAAGAUGGCCAAUCGACCUAA